AUGGCGAAUGUGGCUGCGCGUCUGCAGGCAGGCAGGUGCAUCAUCGAUUUCAAGACCAAAGCACCCUCCCUCACCUUCAUCGGGCCAGCUUCCGUCGUGCCAGUCGCGGUGCCGUUCCCCCUUGCUGGACGCCGCUCGGAGGACCUCCAGGGCCCGCAGAUUUCGACUCCGCACGGCCCCGACCCGUUCUCCCUCCACCAUUCAAUCGCCGUUCCGUGCUAUCUAUGCGUCCAGCCCAACCCCGCGACAACCACCCAGUUCCGGCUCAUUUUCGUCCUCGUUGCAACUAGGCACCUAGCCCCCUUCACUUUUGCACACCCUUCGGCAUGUAAGAGCCUGCGUGGGAAGCCCUAA